AUGACGUCCAAGCGAAUCACAGCCUCAUACACCACGUCCAAAGGUGCCAGAGUCACGCUAGGUGAGUACUGCCACCGCCACCGACGCCACCUCUCCCCAACCCCGCCACCGACGCCACCUCUCACCCACCCCGCCACCGACGCCACCUGUCCUCACCCCGCCACCGACGCCACCUCUCACCCACCCCGCCACCGACGCCACCUGUCCUCACCCCGCCACCGACGCCACCUCUCACCCACCCCGCCACCGACGCCACCUCUCACCCACCCCGCCACCGACGCCACCUCUCACCCACCCCGCCACCGACGCCACCGAUCACCCACCCCGCCACCGACGCCACCUGUCCUCACCCCGCCACCGACGCCACCUCUCACCCAUCCCGCCACCGACGCCACCUCUCACCCACUCCGCCACCGACGCCACCUCUCACCCACCCCGCCACCGACGCCACCUGUCCUCACCCCGCCACCGACGCCACCUCUCACCCACCCCGCCACCGACGCCGCCUCUCACCCACCCCGCCACCGACGCCACCUCUCACCCACCCCGCCACCGACGCCGCCUCUCCCCAACCCCGCCACUGACGCCACUCUCACCCACCCGCCACUCACGCCACUCUCACCCACCCGCCACCGACGCCACAGACAAGACGGCGGGGUGGCCGGGGCGGGGAACCUUGGCCUUACCUCCGGCACGCUGCUCUCCGCCAGCCCUCCACCUGGUGCAGGUCUUCACACAAACACUGCCAGACUCCAGAACCAACAUGGUAAACCUUACAGUGUCGUCCUGACAGCUGGGAGGACAGCGUUUCGGAUUCGUAGUCCUGAGGUUCACUCCAAACUACUCCUCAGUCGCCCUCCAAACUACUCCUCAGUCGCACUCCAAACUACUCCUCAGUCGCACUCCAAACUACUCCCCAGUCGCUCUCCAAACUACUCCUCAGUCGCACUCCAAACUACUCCCCAGUCGCUCUCCAAACUACUCCUCAGUCGCACUCCAAACUACUCCCCAGUCGCUCUCCAAACUACUCCUCAGUCGCCCUCCAAACUACUCCUCAGUCGCCCUCCAAACUACUCCUCAGUCGCCCUCCAAACUACUCAUCAGUCGCCCUCCAAACUACUCCUCAGUCGCCCUCCAAACUACUCCCCAGUCGCCCUCCAAACUACUCUCCAGUCACACUCCAAACUACUCCCCAGUCGCCCUCCAAACUACUCCUCAGUCGCACUCCAAACUACUCCCCAGUCGCCCUCCAAACUACUCCCCAGUCGCCCUCCAAACUACUCUCCAGUCACACUCCAAACUACUCCCCAGUCGCCCUCCAAACUACUCUCCAGUCACACUCCAAACUACUCCCCAGUCGCCCUCGAAACUACUCCCCAGUCGCCCUCCAAACUACUCCCCAGUCGCCCUCCAAACUACUCCCCAGUCACACUCCAAACUACUCCUCAGUCGCCCUCCAAUCUCAAGUCUGUCCUCGUCACCUCAAGCACCGCCUCGACUGCACAAGCAACACUUGAGGAGGAGUUAAGUGCUAAUCAUCUCCACAACACAAUCACCACCACUAAUCAUAAUUCUGCCCUAUAA